AUGACCACCAUACGACGAUGCACUGCAAGCUUUGUGCUCUCGUUUUUGUUGUUAGGUGAUCUUGUAAGUGGAUUACGACGGUACAACUUCACCAUUACUAGCCAAUGGAGUGCUGCCGAUGGCCAUGGGCGACCCGUCUUUGCCAUCAAUGGCCAAACUCCUGGCCCCUUGAUUACAGCCAGCGAGGGCGAGGAAGUUGAGGUGGACAGACCUUGGAACGAUGGUGUCCCUGGAGUAACGCAGUACUCAAUCCAACCACGCGAUAACUACACAUACCGGUUUACUGUGCAGCAACAAUACGGAAGCUACUUCUACCACGGACAUUUCGGUCCUGCAUUUGCCGAUGGGCAACGCGGUCCCAUCUGGAUAGAACCUGCUGCUUGGCGGCCAAGACCAUACAAGACUAUUUCAUCGUCACCGCAAGACCUCAAGGGAAUGAAGCGUGCAGAAGCGAACCCUCGACAUAUCGUCAUAAGCGACUGGAAUGCUGAGCCGAUGGACAUACUUCUUAUUAUGUACCGAGACACGGGUAUCGUCCCCUGGUGCAGUAACUCGAUCGUCAUGAACGGAAAAGGCAGGACGUAUUGCCACUCUAGAGAACUGAUUGAAGAGACAGGGGGAUCUGGUAGAAACUUACUUGGAUGCAAGGUCCAACCCAAGCAGGGACUUUAUGCCAAUGCUCAAGUUUGUGAACCAACAAACGGAGAGCUUGAAGUUGUCGCCGCGGCGGAUGGAGAAGAAUGGAUAUGGAUCAACUUUAUCCAUUCUGGCGCACACCACGAGUUACAAAUCAGCAUUGAUGAGCAUGAGUUCUAUGUCGUUGCUGCAGACGGAGAAUUUGUUCACCCCCAAAAGGUGCACACUGCUAAUUGCAACCUUGGCGAACGUAUAAGCAUUUUAGUACACCUGGAUAAGAGUCCAGGAGACUACGCAAUCCGUUUAUCGUCCCUCCGAACGGAACAGGUCAUCCAGGGACUUGGUAUCCUUCGUUAUCCCUCCAAAACAAACGAUAACGAAAUCACGAAAAUCCCUACUUCGAGACCAUGGGUACAUCUAAACGGUACUCUGAUGUCAACAUCUUCAACAUCUAUGGAUGAGAUGAAGCUGGCUCCUUUCCCUGCGAGACCUCCACCACCGACCUCUGACCAAACAGUAAAGCUCUUCAUUAACAUGACGGGACCUUCAGCUUGGUCUUUGGGUCUGGGUUCUCAUCAAGCAUUCCGCCAGCAACUGCCACCUGUUCUAUGGGAAAAAGACUCUAGAGGUAGUACAACACUGGGUGCCCAGAACGUACUCUGGAAUGGAUCUGUUGUUGACAUCAUCUUCGAGAAUGGAGCCAAUGUUACGAGUCAGCAUCCCUUCCAUAAGCACAAUCACAAGGCGUGGAUCAUCGGAAUCGGGCAUAAUGGAUUUCCUUGGGAGACAGUCCAAGAAGCCAUUGAUUCAGGUGCUGCGGAAUACUUCAACUUCAACGACCCUCCCAUUCGUGAUGGAUGUCGGCUUGGGAAUGCCACCGGAGACUGGACUGUCAUUCGCUAUGAAAUCACGUUUCCUGCUGCGAGCUGGACAGCAGAUAGUUCUUCUUGA